AUGCAGCAUCUGGUCUCAAAUAUGCAUGGACCAAGUCGAAAAAGGGAUACGACCCUAUCUGCAGAUUUUAAUCUUUUUGAUCUUACCAAAGGAGAAUGGGUCAAGGGACCUAACAACUUUGAUGCGGAUAUGCCUGCUGAUUACUCCAUGUCAGGAGAAGAUUGGUGGAUGGCUGGGUUCGAAGUCGCUGCACUGAAGCUGGACGAUAAUGAGUGUAUCACAGAUAAAUCAUUCGGAAGAAAUGCACUCCAGCAGAUGGGCUUAGAAUGUUCACAGGAAAGGAAACACAUUGCAAUUCGGUGA